AAAAACUGUUUCUUGUUGACAGGCACCUUAUAGAUGUGUUCAAUUGGACAGGUUUUACUGUACAUUCAUCUGCAAUGCAAUAAUAGACCAGAGCAAACUUCCAACAGCAGCGGGUGGAACAGUACGAGAUCUAGCAAGGAAACUCGAUGUCUAAAGGCAGAGGACUAAAAGGAAUGGCAGCUAAAGGUAAAGGACUGUCAGCAAAAGGUAUGCAUAGCAAAGCCAUGAGGACAGAAGGAUUAAUCACUGAAGAUAAAGGCGGAAAUGAUGCAAGUAUCAAUAAGGAGACCCUAGAUUGCAAACGUUAUAACAUUUAUAGCCAUCCAAAUCACCAUAAUUCCACAGCCAUGAACACUAGUGGAAGAUUAAUAAAAACUCCAGGACAGGACAUGACAGUAACACUUCAUGACAGCAUGGACUGUGAGAGACUUGGCACAAAAGUUUUGUGUAAUUUUACUGGUGUGACACUCUCCUGGAUUAUCAUUUGUGUUGGGAUACUUGGACUCAUCGGGAACAUCCUCUCUGCGAUUGUCCUUAUAAGGAAAUAUAAACGUAGUCCCAGGGUGUUGCUUUUGACAACAUUAGCAAUGACUGAUCUUUGCUUCCUGUUCUUUACCAUAAUGGAUCAAGCGAUGACACAUAUUGGAUUGGAAGUUCCAUUACAUGCUGCGUGGAAGUUUUCACUUGGGAUACUGGCAUCAUACUGUAGCAUUAUUACCAUCUGGAUGGUUGUUCUAGUCACUAUUGAUCGGUUCAUUCAUAUAUGUAUGCCAUUCAAGGCAUUAACAUUAUGCACGUGGAAGUCAACUGUUGUACUGAUUAUCUCCAUGGUAACAUUCUGCAUUGUGUUAGUGACAGUUCUGUUUGCUAUCGUGUUAAAAAAUGUUAAUAUUGGAGAGCAAUGUUGGUUUUUAGGUUUAGAUCUUCAUUCACGUUUCGCAGAAACAAGUGUUGCUCCACUUUUCAUUUACCAGGCAUUUGCAUAUGCAAUCCCACCAAUAUCAAUCACUAUUUUCAAUGUGCUUAUACUGCGUCAAGUAUGUAAAUGUAAGCCUGUUGAAGAAGGAAUGCCAUCAAUUGAUGAUAAACAAGUCUCAUAUAUCCUAAUAACCAUUUCAAUUAGUUCCCUGUGUCUCAUUCUACCAAGUGCGAUACUUCAGUUUAUGUCUGUGCGAGAUUUAAAGAAUGUAGUUGCUAUACUUCUCGUCAUGAAUUCUUCGAUAAACUUUAUUAUCUACAAUGCUGUUGGGAGAAUAUUUCGUGAUAAACUAUUUGAACUGUGGUGUGGGAGAAAAGAUGGAAAUCAACGUAUAAACAAAAAAUCAAAGAGUAAUACAUCUGGCAAUGGUGAACAGCAUGUUUAAAUGAUGAACAAUAUGCCUUAAUGGUGAACAUAUGCCUAAAUGGUGAACAUAUGCCUAAAUGGUGAACAUCAUACCUAAAUGGUCAACAUUAUGCCUAAAUGGUGAACAUCAUGCCUUAAUGGUGAACAUUAUGCCUUAAUGGUGAACAUAUGCCUAAAUGGUGAACAUAUGCCUAAAUGGUGAACAUAUACCUAAAUGGUGAAAAUAUGCCUAAAAGGUGAACUCCAUGCCUAAAUGGUGAACAUAUGCCUAAAAGGUGAACACCAUGCCUAAAUGGUCAACAUAUGCCUAAAUGGUAAACAUAUGC